UGCGCUGCGGAGCCGCACCGAGUUCAGAGUCUCUCCGCGCAACUUGGGUUACGCGGCCGGACCUCUGCGGACUGGUGCGGAGCUUCCAGGGCGCGACUGCCUUGCCAUCUUCUCGCGGCUGCAAAAGCAGAUAAUUGACUAAACCCAACAGAAAUAAAACAAACUCAGGUUACCUAAAAGUUAGGAUAUCUUUUUUUUUUUUUUUUUUUCCCCCCCGUUUCUUUUGCAAUUUUAUUCCCUAUGUGGAAGUCGCGUGUGAUUCGUGCUCGGCACACUGCAUGGGAAGAAGCGGCUGGCGCUUUGGAUCGAGGAUUUGCUGUUGCAAAGCUGUCUAACUUCCAUGCAGCGGGGCAGCCUUCACUACUCUAAACGCCUUGAUGAUGUGCUGAGGAGCCCAUGUAGAUUGGCAUCUUGUGCAGAGAAGGCGCUUAAGCUACUCCUGGCAUUCUACACGGAUACUCAUUAGUCAUUCUGGAGAUGGACUUGCUGUCUGGAACCUACCUCUUGGCAGUCUUGUUGGCCUGCAUCGUGUUCCAAUCUGGCGCACAGGAGAAGAAUUACACCGUGCGGGAAGAACUGCCCGAAAAUGUCCUCAUUGGCAACCUGCUCAAGGAUCUCAACCUAACGCUGGACCCAGACGUGCCCCUGUCCUCCCCCCUGCAGUUCAAGCUGGUGUACAAAACUGGGGAUGUGCCCCUGGUGAGGGUGGAGGAGAACACGGGGGAGAUCUUCACGGCCGCCAACCGCAUCGACCGCGAGAAGCUGUGCGCCGGCAUCCUCAGCGAGAGCCGCUGCUUCUACGAGGUGGAGGUGGCUGUGCUGCCCGACGAGGUCUUCAGGCUGGUCAAGAUCAGGUUCCUGAUCGAGGAUAUAAAUGACAACGCCCCCCUUUUCCCCUCGACAGUAAUUAAUAUCUCUAUCCCUGAGAACACAGCCAUCAAUUCCCGCUACUCUGUCCCGUCUGCCAUCGACCCGGACAUCGGGGUGAACGGGAUCCAGCACUAUGAGCUCCUCAAGCCCAAAACAGCUCCGAAAAGGACAUUUGGAUCCAUUACAAAUGACCAGGGUCAAAAUGUAUUUGGUCUUGACAUAACUGAGACACCUGAGGGAGAUAAGUGGCCUCAACUGAUUGUCCAGCAGAUCCUGGAUAGGGAGCAGAAGGACACCUAUGUGAUGAAAAUCAAGGUUGAAGAUGGUGGGAGCCCCCCAAGGUCCAGCACUGCCAUCCUGCAGGUGACAGUGACCGACGUCAACGACAACCGCCCGGUGUUCAAAGAGAACGACAUCGAGGUCAGCGUGCCAGAAAACGCCCCCGUGGGCACCUCCGUGUCCCAGCUGCACGCCACCGACGCUGACCUGGGCUCAAAUGCACAAAUCCACUUCUACUUCAGCAACCAGAUCUCCAGUCUGGCCAAAAGGCUCUUUGCCAUCGAUAACACCACUGGGCUCAUCACCAUCAGGGAGCCGCUGGACAGGGAGGAAUCUCCUGUGCACAAGCUGACGGUGUUGGCAAGCGAUGGCACCUCCACUCCCUCGAGAGCCACGGUCACUGUCAACGUCACAGAUAUCAAUGACAACGUCCCAUCGAUAGACACGAGGUACAUCAUCAACCCUGUGAAUGGGACAGUGCUUUUGUCUGAGAAGGCUCCCCUCAAUACAAAAAUUGCUUUGAUAACGGUGAUGGACAAGGAUGCUGAUCAGAACGGGAAAGUUACCUGUUUUACAGAUCACGAUGUCCCCUUCAGGCUAAAACCAGUGUUUGAUAAUCAGUUUCUCCUGGAGACAGCCACGUUUCUAGACUAUGAAGCUACACGGGAAUAUGCCAUCAAAAUAGUGGCUUCAGAUUCUGGGAAGCCUCCCUUAAACCAGUCUGCAAUGCUCCUGAUCAAAAUUAAAGAUGAAAACGACAACGCCCCGGUUUUCACGCAGCCAAUCAUCGGCCUUUCCAUCCCUGAGAACAACGCUCCUGGCACUCAGCUAACCAAGAUCAGCGCCACAGAUGCUGACAGCGGGCGGAAUGCCGAGAUCAGCUACAUCCUGGGCUCUGAUGCACCCCCAAUUUUCAACCUGGACCGCCGCACAGGCAUCCUGACAGCAGUGAGAAAGCUGGACAGAGAAAAGCAAGACAGGUACUCUUUCACUGUGCUGGCUAAGGAUAACGGGAUGCCACCUUUGCAGACCAAUGCUACCGUGACGGUGUCAGUGCUGGACCAGAAUGAUAACAGCCCUGCUUUCACACAUAGUGAAUAUAAUUUCUAUGUGCCAGAAAACCUGCCCAUGUAUGGCACAGUGGGGCUUAUCACAGUCACGGACGCUGACGCGGGAGACAACGCUGCGGUCACCCUCUCUAUCUUAAAUGGUAGAGAUAAUUUCAUUAUAGAUCCACUUACUGGUGUAAUAAGACCUAAUAUUACCUUUGAUAGGGAGCAGCAGGGGUCAUACACUUUCCAGGUGAAAGCAGUGGACGGAGGAAGACUGCAGCGUUCCUCAACUGCCAAAGUGACCAUCAAUGUUGUUGAUGUAAAUGAUAACAGGCCCGUUUUUGUUAUUCCCUCAUCUAAUUAUUCCUAUGAGCUGGUCCCAACGUCAGCCAGCCCUGGGUCUGUAGUCACUAAAGUCUUUGCAGUCGAUAACGACACGGGAAUGAACGCAGAGCUCCGCUAUAGCAUCAUAGGUGGGAACUCCAGGGGCUUGUUUACCAUUGACCAAUUAACAGGCAAUAUUACUUUGAAAGAGAAGGUAAUUGGAUCAGAUCAUGGCUUGCACAGACUGGUGAUCAAGGUGAAUGACCUGGGACAGCCGGAGUCUCUUUACACCAUAGCUCUUGUGCACUUGUUUGUGAACGAGACCGUCACCAACAGCUCCUACGUGCAAGAGCUGGUGCGUAGGAAUAUGGAAACUCCAGUGGGCCAGAACAUUGGGGAUGGUGAGAUAACCCCACAGACCAAUGAUUAUGUCAAGAUCAUCAUUGCCAUUAUUGCAGGCACCAUGACAGUUAUUCUGGUAAUUUUUGUUACCGCUUUAGUCCGGUGUCGCCAGACUCCCAGGCACAAGGUUGUCCAGAAGAAUAAGCAGAGUGGGGAAUGGGUUUCCCCCAACCAAGAGAAUAGGCAGAUCAAGAAAAAGAAGAAGAAGAAGAAGCGCUCUCCAAAGAGUCUCCUCCUCAACUUUGUGACUAUUGAAGAGUCUAAGCCUGAUGAUCCUGGCCACGAGCACAUAAAUGGCACUUUAGACAUUCCCGUAGAGCUAGAAGAACAGACUAUGGGAAAAUAUAACUGGGCCACCACACCAACCACAUUUAAACCUGAUAGCCCAGACUUAGCAAAGCACUACAAGUCUGCUUCUCCGCAGCCUACCUUUCAAAUUAAACCUGAGACUCCUGUACCCCCCAAGAAGCACCAUGUCAUUCAGGAAUUGCCUCUAGAUAACACCUUUGUGGUGGGCUGUGACUCACUUUCCAAGUGCUCAUCCAGCAGCUCGGACCCUUACAGUGUUUCUGAAUGCAGCUGUCAAGGAGGCUUCAAGACCCCAGGCCCCAUACACACCAGACAGCUCUGAAGGCCAGCCCAGCUGAUGUUAUGUUCUGAAGUCGUACGUGUACUCAGUGAUGUUAAGCCAGCAAAUAUGAGAACAAGGAAAUAGCACGAGAAAGCCCUUUGUCCUGUGUCUGGGUGCCGAAGAAAUUUAUCGCCUCAUCUCCAGAGGGGUUUGGAAGUGACGAUGAACUGUUCAAGCUGCCCUACUGAAAGGUAUCAAGGGCAAGGAUUUUUUUAAAAAGGAAAAGACAAAGAAGUUUUAGUACGUUGUGCUAUAGUGUUCUAUAACGUAGUUUUGCUAAGAGAAAAAAAA